AUGCUCUCUUAUGCACUAAGUUACUGCUUGCAUCAUUACACUUCCACCAAAUUGCAGCUGCGCAACCGCUGUGGUCAUGUCGAUAUUAAAAAAAUAUUACAAGCAGUUAACGAGAUACGUCCAUCGCUUCAAGAGUUCAGUUACACCAACGAGCCUGCCGUCCAUGAAGAUCAACACAAGACCACUGUAAUUUAUUCCCAUCAACAGCCAUCUUCGAGAUCGUAUUUCCGACUACAAGAAACACAACAAACCCGUGACGCUGAACAGAAUUGGCAAACAGGAAGACUUGGACGGCCUGGUGGUGCCUAUCAAAUGCAACAUGAUGUUGAGUAUUGGUCAUUGCGGGAACUUGGACGACUCGGAGCUCCUCAAUUACAAACGCUUGUCCUCAACUUUGAAAAAGGCGUGUUGAUGAACUCGGAAACAAUCUCCAACCUUAUAGCCGCUUGUCCUUCCCUGCAGGUCGUGGGCAUCGAGGGCACUGGAUUCUGGCAUCGUCGGAUAUUUAAUGUGCUUGCGGAUACAGUUUAUCUGCGGAAACUGUCCAUCAUACGCAUUACCACCAAGUUUCGGAUCACUUACAGCAGAUCGAGGAAUUAA